GGGUUGAGUCACAAAGGCAUUGGCAUUGGCAUUGGCUCUGGUCCCGGCACCGGACUAACACAGUGAGUGGUAGCCUGUGCGCACUUGCCCGCAAAUGGGUCCGUGGCUUAGCCGAGCGGGUGCGACGAGCGGGAGAGUAGUAGGAGUCUGGCAGCCAGCAUCCCAAGGCACGCAUGCCCUAGUUCGCCGUCGCUGGCCGCCGACCCACUGCGGUACCCUUGUCGCCGUUGUCGGUUUGACGGCACGAGGCGACUGCGCUGGCGGGCUGACCGCUCCCAAUUGCUCCACAGCGACGGGCUUCGGAGCGGUUUUGGGCAAACAAUUGGAAGGAGAUGCGUUGGUGACGGCUGGCCGGUCGGUCUGGGAAAUUGGGAAGCGUGGGCGCCGAAAGAGGAGGCGCGCAUUCCUUUUCCUCUUCCUCUUCAUUUUCCUUUUCCUUUCUUAUUUCCUUCCUUUCUUAUUUCCUUCCUUUCUUUUCUCCCGCGCGUGCAAGCCUGUCAGACCGUCCCAAUCCCCCAACCAAGGACGAGGACUGCAUGUACGUAAGCUAGGUGCCUUAUAUCCUUACAUACUAGGUACUACAUACAUAGCAGUAGGUAUGUUACAAUACAGACUGUAUGGGGGUAAUGGUGCCGCCAAGAUGCCCAGGAAAAACCGCAGUGGUUGGUUGAUCUUGGCGAUGGGGAAACGCCCGCCCUUCCUCCGCCAUUUCUCUCAGCCGUUCCAGCUUUUCUCAGUGCUCAGGUGCUGCAUGACCUAAGUAACACGUCAAAAAUACGGCCGCCGUUCGGAAUACCCCAAGC